GGAGGACGUCAAGGCAGCCGAGGAAACGGAAAUAACGUUUUCUUUCUUACAUUCCAAAAUUUAGGAUUUGACAGUUCUGAAUUUCAAAGCAAUCCUUCGUAUUUCAGUCGGAAAAGCUUUUAGAUUCGUAAGAUGGAUAGGUAAUGUUUUUCAAAAAUUUUGCUUAGUUGAAUGGGACUAUUUACCGAAUUUCAUAAAGUAUUUCCUAACCUUUAGUUUCAAAAACACUUCAGAGAUACUAGUGAUGCUCAAAGGGUUAUGAUAUUAUUUAUUAUGUUUGCGGUUCAUUGCUCAAAAUCUAUCAUGUGGAAAAAACAAUGAUCACACUUAAUUCAAAAGUUAAUUUUGAUAUCAUUUGUGUUCUGCUUUUUAUUUUAACCAAUCAUUACAGUUAUUGAUGCUAAUUGCUGCAUUCUUAAAUUUUACAGAAAAGAAGAACAUUUUUAAUCUGUGUUUAUGUUUAGAAGUUUAAAUGCUCUGGUAAUUCCUUAAAAUAGUUGUUUAAACAAACACAUAAAUUUACGUUUAUCAAUAUAUUAAUUAUUUUAAAACAGUAUUCUGGUUUUUAUCAUUCUUUUUGAAAAUGAUCAAUGAUAAUUAAUGUAUCUAUAAUUCUUGCUACAAAAAGAGCAUUUUAAUUCUACCAUUUGAAAAAUAUUCAAAUAAAUUGUUUGAUGUUUGAGAUAUUAUUUUUGAAUAUUACUGAAAAAUAGAGCAGAAAAUAUUAUUGUAGUUAAAUAUUAGUAAAUAAAAGCAGGCAAUUGCUUAAGAAGAGAGACUUGCAGAUUUGCUUUUUAAAUUCAAUACUCCUGUUAAUAUUUAAAGUUUCUUAUAUGAGUACUUUUAUAAUAAUCUGAAGAUGAACUUUAAUGAAGAAUGUUAGUUAAAUUUUUAAUAGUGCUGCUUUUCUUGGGAAUAAGUGAUGGUUUACGCCGCAAUUCUUGCAGUCAAAACUAUGCUGAUCCAACAAAGAUCAUUGUUGUCCUUCUUCUACCCAAAGACAACUUAUACUUGGCAUCUUACUACAAAGUGGCUCCAGCAAUUAAGUGGGCAAUUGACCGAAUCCGAGAAAAAGGCGUAUUGCCAGGUUUAGAGCUUGUUUUAAUGGAAAGAGACACCGCUUGCGAUCCGGCUAAAGGUACAUGGGAAGCAAUGAGAGCCUUUAUUGAAUAUCCACUGAAUUUAUUCUUGGGACCUUCAUGUGAUUACGUUGCAGCUCCAGUAGCAAGACUGUUGAAGUUCAUACACAUACCAAUGAUAACAGCUGGUGCUUUAGCGUAUGAUUUCGGCAUAGAAGAUCGAAGAAACAAUGAAUCAGAGUAUCAUAUGUUAGUACGGACAGGCUGGUCUUUUUAUGGAAUGUCUCAUGCAAUUCAAAAAUUUUUUGAGAAAUUUAAGUGGCGAAAAAUGGCGUUUUUGUAUCAAAUAGAUGGAAGGCCUGAAGUGAUAAAAGAUCAUUAUUGCUACUUGGCAAUACAGGCUGUUUAUGAUACUUUGUUUUUAGAGAAAAAUUGCACUAUAAAACAACAUAAACUUAUGCCAGACAUGAAGAAAGAGCAUUUAUUGGAUAUAGUUAAAAGAGAAGUUGGCACAGAAUAUGCGAGUAAGUAAAUUUUUGAAAAAUUAAAUUCUGGAAUAAAAUAAACGAACAAUGGCAUAGUAACGCAAAUAUAUUUUUUUUAAAUCGUUGAAAUUUUCGAAUGAAAUAAGCAAAUAAUAACAUGGCACCGUAAAUAAUUUUUAGAUUUAGUUUUAAUUCUUAACACUAGAAAAACGGAGGAGGUUCGUUUGACCUUUCUCGAUUUUUGUUGUUUCGUAAUUCAAAAACUGGGUUUGAUCCUCAGUGGCGGCUUGACGACAACCCAGCUUCAGGUCACUGGGUAGCAGCUUGUCUGGGAAGUAAAGGUGGCCUGUGAGCAGCUCUGACUAUAAUGCCGCAAUCUUGCCGUUGGUCAUGAAAAUGUGAAACCUUAACCUCCAGGACCUAAGGAGCAUCUACCACUGUAAAUAUUAAACACCAAAUCACUAGUAUAUAAAACAUGUUUACUUGAUUCCAUCUUGAGGUACCUUUUGAUAGAUGAAGGUUAACAUAGUCGAUAGACAAUUCCAAUAUUGGUGACCCGGUCGACAAAUAAUUCCCCAAUAAACAGUAUCAAAGAAGAAAAAAGAUCCGGUGAUGUAAAUAAAGUCUCCUGGUAAUAAACAAUAUAGAAAAAAAAUGAGCGAAAUGCU